AUGGAAAACAAACAGUGUAAAUUAAUUUUCAGUGAUUGUUGUAAAGGGCGAGAAAAUGUAGCAUACAAUGUUGAAGAUAAUAUUGCAAAUGAAAAUAUAUAUAAUGAGCAAAAUUAUUAUGGAAAUAAUCAAGAAUAUAUAUACAAAAAUGAUGGAAAUUAUAUAUAUAAAAACAACGAAGAUUAUAUGGGUUAUGAAAAUGGUAACUAUAUGGAUCAAAAUAACAAUAACUAUGCUUAUAAAAGUGAUGAAAUGUAUGUGCAAAAAAAUGAUGAAAUUCCAAUAAUAAACGUUCAAGGAGAUCAACCAAUAUUUAACAUUCCAGUAUAUCAAGAUAAAUAUAUAAGAGAUAAAAUAAUUGAAACACCAAAAUAUGAAUUUCAAGAUGUAGUACAACCAAAAUAUUAUCGUCAAGAAGCAAAUCAUGAUGUCCCCUGUGUUGAAUUAUUAUUUAAAGAAAGAAAUAUAAACAUGCCAAAGGAAAAAAUAAUAGAAAAUAAAGUUGAAGUAAAUGUCCCUAUAGGAUAUACACCUAUAUAUUCUCCUGUAUGGGAUAUAAGAGAAAUACCAAGGGUUAUACCAAAAUAUGAAGGGGAACAAAAAAUUAUAGAAGUUGAAGUACCUCAAAUAAAAUAUAUAGACAAAUAUAUAGAAAAAGAGAUAAUUGUAGAUAUAAAAGAAAAGAUAAUUCCUAAAGUUACAGAAAUAGAAAAACAAGUAGAUAUAGUAAAGUAUGAAUGGAAAGAAAAAUAUCAAGAUGUUCCUGUAUGUAAAUAUGUGCCUAAAAUAGAUGUAGAGUUAGAUUGUCCAUCCCCUUUAAUAGUACCAUAUCCUGAAGUACAUUUUCAAAAUACAUCUGAAAUCAUGAAUCCAAAUCAAAAAUCAGCAGAUAUAUCAAACGAAAUGUUUAUAAACAAUCAAAGUUCAUAUAAUACUAUCCUAAACAAACAUGUAGAUGAAUCAAUAAAAAAGUCGUUGCUAGAAAUGAGUCGAUUACCAAAUAAAAUGAAAAAUCAAAGUAGCGAUCAUAUUAGAAAUUUCAAUGAUAAAUUUUCAGAAAUAAAUUAUAUAAAUCCAAAUAAAAAAAAUAAAAAAAUGUGGCCUUUUUGUACAUUUAAUAACUGUAUAAAUAAUGAAACCAAAAUAAGUGGAUCUGAAGAUAUUGAUCCCAAAACAGGGUAUCCAGUAUCUAUGCCAAAAAAUUUUGCUUCAUUUUUUAAAAGGGAUUUAAAUUCUGUAAAGAAUCAAAUGAUGCAAUACAAAAAAAAAAAUGAAAAACAAAAUGAAGUAUCAAAUAAUAUCAUAGAAAAUAGUCCAGUUAGUCCAACUAUUGAAUAUAUAGGAAAAAUAGAUAAACCACCAAUAGAUGGAGGAAAAUUAGAUGCAAUAUCAUUUAAAUUGCAUGCUAUUGAAGUACAUCAAUUUAUUCCUGUACCAAAUUUACCAAAACCACAAUUUUUAGAUUUAGUUCCACCUGAACAAUUUGAAAAUAAUGAUAUAUCUUCUCUCCAUAAUAUUUUUGGAAAAUCAUCCGAAGAUUGGGUUGAUCCAAAUAUUACAGGAUACAUAGCACCUAUGAUGAAUGACAUAUUACUUGGAAAUAUACAACCUCAAACUGCGUUGUUUAACAAAUUAAGUAUUGGGAAUAAUCAAAAACAAAACGAUAUUCCAUCUAUCAAUGCUAUUUCUUCUUAUAGCCAAGAUGAAGGAAACAAUGAUAAAAUCGCUAAAAAUACAAACAGUAGUAUAUUUAGUGAACAUAUUUACACUGGAGAUAGAAAAAUAAUUCACGAGAAUGAAGAAAUGAAUGAUAACCAAAUGAUUUAUGAUAAUUAUAGCGGACGUUUUAGUGAUAAUUAUAAUGGAAACUAA